CUUUGUGAUUCUGACACAUGGCGUAUUGCUAAGGUCAAUUCAAGACCAGGUGUGAAUCGAGUAGCUACAGCUGAUUAUUAUUCACCUUGUGUAUCGAGAGCAUGUCGGACGCCCCUACCUCAUCGCCUUCAAGACUUUAUGUCGCUGCCGUCGUUGGCUUCCACAUCUCUACCGCUCUGAGCGUCACUAUUAUCAACAAGACCCAAUUGAACACAAUUCCAGCUCCGGUCAUAUUGCUGCUAUGUCAAUCCGUGAUGGCAGUCGCUUUCAUCUUUCUCGGCUCCAUAUUGAACCUCUAUACACGUCCGAAACUGGAUAUCAACUUGAUUCGGAGAGUAUCCCCACUUCUUGCCAUGAAGAUUAUUGCUCAGCUAUCGAAAACCUAUUGUCUUCUGAAUGUAAACGCCUCAUUCUAUCAGAUAGCAAGAGGCCUUCUUCUUCCAUUCACCAUUAUGCUUUCUUUUGCAAUACUGCAGAGCUCGCGACCUAGUCUGCUCGCUCUUGUUGGCUGUACUAUUACAACUUUAGGCUUUUUACUGGGUGUCAGUGGGGAGGAGGUAGGACAGACCACUAAUGCUGGAAUCGCGUGGGGCGUCUGGUCAUCGUUUACUACAGCUCUCGAAUCGGUGCUUGUGAAAUACCUUGCGCUCGAGAUCGGAGUCCUCGACCUCGUCUAUGUCACCUCCCUGACAACGAUACCAGUUUACACCAUCUGGACCAUUCUUAACAGCGAACUCCGCCAGGUCGCUGCUCUAGGCCUCACACACCCGGUCAUGAUAAGAUUUGGGGGACAGGCAUUUAUAGCCGGCUCACUGAAUUUCGCUCUCAGUGCGGCUGCCUACCUUCAGAUCAAAGUAACAUCUCCAACGACUCAUAUGAUUUCCACUGCCGCGAGAGGAGUUCUGCAGUCUUUGCUUGCAGUGACCUUCAUCCCGGGUGAGCGUCUCACAAGUUCUCGAGUGAACAGUCUCGCAGUUAUCCUAUUUGGCACCCUGUCAUAUACGAUUGUCAAGGAGAUGGAAAAGAGAGUCAAGGUUCAAAAAGACGCUUUGCCCUUCUAUACGGCUGUUGGACAGAAGGAUGAUGAUGGCCGCGCAGAGGCAGAUGAAGCAAAUGUCCCUCUUAUCCAGAUCACGGCUAAAGGCCAAAAAUGAGAACACAAUUCGGGAAGAUACACCAUAGUCAUCUUUCGCUUUCAAUUCGUUUGGUGGAGAGUUGCCAGAGACACAUUCCUGGUUUUAAAAGCGGCGUCGUCAGGGUGAGCGCCCCGUGAGCUCGGAGUAGGUAACCAUUGCUUGUGAUGCCAAGAAUAGGAGAUCAACGUGACCUCCGGCCAAACAUUCC